CGUACCUGCAGGUCGGAAACUGUUAAGUUUCAAGUAUUUUUAUGCCACAAUCGUAAAAGGAUAUAUUUACAAAUUGCUGUCGUGCGCCAAAUGCAUGGACUUUGAGAGAAUUAAAGAAGAAUGGGAAACGGGGAAUCCAGUCAAACAAACAGUGAUGGGGAAGAAAACAUGUACAAUUAUCACAAGUCUGUCUUGAAAGAAGGUGCCUCACCUGUCAAAGGCAACAAGCAACGACUGACUACAUCAUUGAGGAAUGACAGGUCAGCAGAAUAUACUCCUGAAACAGGAUCAAGCCCGGAAGGGUCCACAUUUGGUGGGGAUACAAGUCAAGAAGACUCCACUUCCCGACAGGGAGGUUCUCACUUGCCUGAGACUCCAGAACCAAGCGAUGACAGUUUUGUUGAUGCUAACGAGGAUUUAAACGAUGAUGAAAGUAAUAACAAAGAUGACAGCUACUCCAAAUCACAUGAUUCAAGUCUGUCCCACUCAGGAUCCUGUUCUGGGUCCAUGAACAGGUCAUCCGGAUCCUAUUCAUUGCACUCAAGUUGGUCCAGCUCGGAUCAAACGAUCAACCGUUCUAGUGGUUCCAGCUCAAGUCUCCCGAACAGGAUCCGCAUCAUCGACACAUCUGAGAGUGAAGGUGAGGAUGCAGAUAUAAUCACCACCAAAAAGCACACCUCACAAGCGGCAACCCCAGCAUCAGGUAACCAUGGUAACAAGAAGCAUCUCCCAAGACCUAUCCCCGUUCAUCGGAUCACCACUGGAUCUGAAGCCAUGGGCAGGUCUGAUGACACAUCUGCUCCAAACCAACAGGUGAAAAGGAAAGCAGACGAUAUGGAUCCUGAGUCGGAACCAGAAGAAAAUCCAACCAUGACUGCUCCAGUGAGGAGGUCUGGUGGAGUGAACAGACUGCGGGCCAGACGGAAGGCGCUGCACAACAUAGUGCUCCGUCCUCAGACGCCAAAAGGGAUUGAUCAAAACCUACCGGGGGUCACUCAACAAACUUCAGAAGAGUCUGAAGGAGAUGAUGAGGUAAUGGUUGUGGCAUCAACCAGUGCUGCUGAUCAAAACUCAGAUGAAGAUCAAAGAAACAAAUUUGAACACUCAAAUACUUCCCCGUUCACAAACUUCCGUCUUCAGCCAUCCUCUUCCAAUGCAGGUGCUGAGCUGAGCGCCAGUGCUGAGACACCCAAAGAGAGAACUGUAAUUCCUGGAGAUGACCCCAAAUCAUCUCCACUGACCAAACAAGGAAUCAAAAGGGCAAACCCUGAUGCUGACCCAUCUUCAGGAAGUUGUGAAAAGAAGUCUUCAGGUGCAGUCAAGCCUCUUUCACAGAAGUUUGACAUGUUUGAGCGGAAUCCUGGCAAUAGUAGUGGUACAGCAGAACAGAUAACAACCCGAGUUCUGCCACAGCUGGGAAACUCUGGUCAUUCUGCAGGACCUUCAGAAACUUCCGGAGGAGGUUCGGGUGGAGCUUCCAGAAAUGGCAGGACCAGUGGUACAGCAGAACAGAUAACAACCCGAGUUCUGCCACAACGGGGAAACUCUGGUCAUUCUGCAGGACCUUCAGAAACUUCCGGAGGAGGUUCGGGUGGAGGUUCCAGAAAUGGCAGGACCAGUGGUGCUGUGGAAACUAGCAGAUCAAGUUCUGUUCAGGACAGGAUGACAGAUCAUAAUCAUCAUUGGACGUCCCAACUCCCUCGUGUUAAUACCACUGCAGAGCAACGAUUUCAAGCCAGUCCAAGAAACAGCAUGGAACCAUCCACUUCGGACUGGCAUACAACCACGCUCAGAAACAAGGGAGAUAAGUUCUCCUUCCUCCUAGCAGAUGAGACCAAUGUGCAUAUAUGUUAUGAUGACAUCACAACGUUACGAACCGAUGCCUUGAUCAAUCCCACUGAUGGACAGCUAACUCAUGUAAAUGAAACCGCCCAUGCCAUUGCCAUGGCAGCAGGACCCCUAAUGAUCGAACAGUGUCAUUUUUUUCUGCGCCAGCAUGGAGGGCCCUUAGAAACAACUGAAGUGGUAGAAACAUAUGCAUCGGGGUCGUUAAGUGGUCGGGUUGGUCACAUUGUUCAGUUGGCCUCGCCCAUGUACCAGGCAGCCAAUGAGAAGGAAUCAACAAGCCAGUUGCUGAAGUCGUAUCUGAACUGUCUUAACCAUGUCAACGACAAGCUUGGCCUUCAGUCCGCCACAUUUCCAUGUAUUGGUGCAGGCUCCUUCCCACAAGAUACCUGUAUCAACGUGUUCUUCGAGGCACUGCUUGUGCACUUAGCGGAAAGGAAGACCUCAAGCCUCAACAUGGUCAAGUUUGUCUUUAACAAUGAACAUUUAGCAAAUUUAGCCAUUGCAAUGAUUCAAGCCCACCUUGAGAGAAUAAUUCUUGAGGGAAUUGACACUUUGACGGCUGAGGCGAUGAACAGCUACUAUGGCAACAGUAGAUUUGAGUGUUGUCAGAACGACAUCAAUGACCGUCUUGGACGCCAAAUGGAGGUGGACUCCCCCAAGAAAAUGUUCCGUGGACCACCGGUGAAGAGACCACGUCUUUGAGAGACGACAUCAAGUCACAAAACUCACAUUGUGUUCAUGUUUUAUAUUUCAUCGAAACUAUAUCUUUGUAAAUCUUUGAAAUUAGGCCUUUUACUAUUUAUGAGCAGGUUUUCAAAUUCUUUGAAAUUUUAAAUUCUCCACUUUAAUGUAGUUGGUUAAAACAACUACAUUAAAUACUUAGCUAAAAAUAAACUGAUGUGGCUUGGUGAGUGAGUUUUGUUUUACUCCGCUUUUAGCAAUAUUCCAGCAAUAUCACGGUGGGGGACACCAGAAAUGGACUUCACAGAUUUUACCCAUGUGGGGAAUCGAACCUGGGUCUUCGGUGUGACGAGCGAACGCUUUAACCACUAGGCUACCCACAGCCCCAUGAUGUGGCUUGGCACACAGUAUGAUUUAUACAAUACUUUAUAGCUUUUGUUUUCUUAUGUGUUUAAUCACAGGUUGUUUUGUCACAAUGCCAUCAGUCUAUUUUGAGUUAAAAUGGAGAAAUUCUAUAAAAAGUAUCAUGUCCAAAUACUUUUUUGUUUGUUUGAAUGAAUACUUUGGUUUUACUUUUACAAAGUGUGAUCCUCUCCUUGUAAACAUGAUAAAAGUCUGUAAGAGGACUUUUUAAGUUGGAUUGCAGGUUUGAAUGUUAUAUAAUGCAGAGAUUUAUGUUGACAUGUUGUGUGGUUGACCUGGAGUUGGCAGCAAAUUUUAGCGUAAUAUGCCAGUUGACAUGACUGAGACUUAAAUAAUUAAUUAUUCAUGUAAUUAUAUUAUGAUGAUUGUAUUUUCUUAGUUUAAAAUCCUGCAUAAAUCCCUGUGAUGAAUCAGGAUGAUUUGCCCUUGAUUGUGAAUUGGUGGUUGUCUCCCUUUGAUUAGGUUGAAUAUAUAGAUUAUUAUCCCCUGCAACGCAUUUUGCGGAGGGUAUUAAAAUGGACUCCGUCCGUCCGUGCACAUUUGUCUUUUCCGGAGCAGAACUCUAAAACCGUUCAAUAUUUCUUC